AUGAAGGGGGAACUCACAGGAGACAAACCUUAUAAAUGCUUGGAGUGUGGAAAGAGGUUCAGGUGGAGUAGCCACCUUACUUCGCAUCAAAGAACUCACACAGGGAACAAACCUUAUCAAUGCUUGGAGUGUGGAAAGUGUUUCAGUUGGAGUGACACCCUUAAUUCGCAUCAAAGAACUCACACAGGAGACAAACCUUAUAAAUGCUUGGAGUGUGCAAAGAGCUUUAGUCAGAAUGGCAACCUUACUUCGCAUCAAAGAACUCACACAGGGGACAAACCUUAUCAAUGCUUGGAGUGUGGAAAGAGCUUCAGUUGGAGUGACACCCUUAGUAAACAUGAAAGAACUCACAUGGGAGAAACCUUAUAAAUGCUUUGAGUGUGGAAAGAGCUUCAGGUGGAGUAGCCACCUUACUUCGCAUCACAAAACUCAUACAGGGAACAAACCUUAUCAGUUCUUGGAGUGUGGAAAGUGUUUCAGUCGGAGUGACACCCUUAGUAAACAUGAAAGAAUUCACAGGAGACAAACCUUAUAAAUGCUUGGAGUGUGGAAAGAGCUUCAGUCAGAAUGGCAACCUUACUUCGCAUCAAAGAACUCACACAGGGGACAAACCUUAUCAAUGCUUGGAGUGUGGAAAGUGUUUCAGUCUGAGUGACGCUCUUAGUAAACAUGAAAGAACUCACAGGAGACAAACCUUAUAAAUGCUUGGAGUGUGGAAAGAGCUUUAGUUCUCUAAAUCUCUAACCAAUCCCUAGGUCUCGACAGGGUCCUAUGAAAUUGGUCCCACAGUUGGACCUCAACUGCUUGGUUGGGCCUCGUAUGGCAAGGAACCUAUGGAGGGCAUUUAUGAAACUCAAAGUGUCCAUGGACUCGAUCACUUCUAUGUGAAUGCAUAAGCAGGUAAAGGCUUUACUACCUGGGGCUGCCUUUGAAGAUGGUUCAGAAACUGCAGGUUGUGCAAAAUGCAGCGCCCUGAUUGUUAACAGGGACCAGAUGGUUCAAAUGUGUAAAACCAAUUCUGGCCCGCUUGCAUUGGCUGCCUGUGUGUUUCCGAGCUCAAGUCAAGGUGCUGGAUUUGACCUAUUAUACAGCCACAAGAGUGUCUGUAUAGUAUAGCCAGCGGGGAUUUUUCACAUUCCGCAAUGUUAAAUUGAAAAUACCUCCCAUGCCAUUCUGAUGCUUCCCAUAAGCUCAUUUCAAAACAAAAGCUUCCAUAACUUAUAGUCCUGAACUCAGAAACGCUUGCUUAACAGCCCUGUCAAUCUUUAUGGCGAUACACAAAACAGUCAGAGAGAAUAGACAGUUCAAAGUGUAAAAAGAGAGAGAGAAACCUCAGAACCCUUUUGGACUUUUUUCUCUGAGAGUUAUAAUCUGUUGAAAUUCAUUAAAAAUCAGCCAUGUUCACAGAGUACCUGUAAUCCUAAUACUCACCUUGCCGCAUACUCUGACCUUCAUCUGCUGCAGUUUAAAAGUUUAAAAAAUGCCUGGCUGAUUUUUAAUUAAUUUAAGAAAUUUUGGCUGGGACCCAAUGAUAGCGCGGAGCAUGCUCAGAAGGACCAACUGUCAGUGUUCUAAAAGCCUCACAGCUGCUGGGCUUGGCUAAUCGGGGCCACACCCACACCCGACUUGAUUUCACUUGAGACCGUCAUGGCUUCCCUCAAAGAAUCCUGGGAAGUGUAGUUUGUGAAGGGUGCUGAGAGGAGACUACUAUUCCCCUGAGAUAAUGGUUUAACAGCCAGCCACUCUGAUUGAAGGACUGUGAGGGGAACAGGGCGUCUCCUAGCAACUCUCAGCACCCUUCACUAACUACACUUCCCAGGAUUCUUUGAGAGAAGCCAUGACUGUCCAAAGUGAAAUAAAGGCUUGGUGUGGAUGUGGCCAGGGACAGCUUUGGUUUAAAUUUGGGUGGGAGGCUACUGUUGGCUUGUGUGUUGUUGUGUGAAACAGCAUACAUUACGUUGGAGUUAAGUUGAGCAAGAAGACUUCUUCAGAGCAUUUAAAUCAUGUAAGAGUCUUUAUUGAAAGACAUUAAGGCCAGAGGCUUAAGAGUAAAUACAUAUAGAGAUUCUUCAGUCACCCCCCCCCUUCUGGUACAUCUCUCUCCAUAGAUGAACACAAAAGACAGCCUCUCAGCUCAGAGGCAUAAUUCAGAAGAACACAACACAUAGUCUGUUAGAACUUUCCCAGUCGUUAUCAGAUGGCUACCAUAGCAACGACCCUGGCAGUCCGUUCCCAGACAGAUCAUAGACAUAUCUCCCCCUUAACCACAGUUACGUCUUCACACUUGCAGGCUUCAUGGAAAACUACUAGAGACAGUAAUGCCUACUGGUCACCAGCCCAACAGCCUCCCUUUUUUCCAUUAAGACUGCAAAAUACACAUGAAAUACAUCUCCAUAAUACAUAGUCAUACAGUCAUACAUUUCUACAAUACCUCUUGCAAUACAUUUCAGUACAUUGCAUUUUCAGUUCAGUACAGUUCAAAAGUAUAUCUCAGUACAUAGCAGUACAUUUCAGAACUUUAUUCACUCAAACUUUGGUUCAUUCCAAGCCUUGUCACCAGUUUGCCAAAUUUCUCCUCACACAAAGGCUUGGUCAUUAUGUCAGCCACCAUGUUGUUAGUGUCACAAAAUGUUAGGUUAAUGAACCCCUGCUGCACACAAUCCCUUACGUGAAAGUAUCUGACACUUUUGGUAUGAACUUCUGAUCUCUCAGCCCCCCCAUCUGUGCUUGUGCUUGGCACAGCCUGCGCUGGAGAUUCCAUUUCCUCAGCCUUACGUUUAAAUGUUUGCGGUUGUGUGUCACUUGACCCUGUGAGAAUGACUGUUUGCCUUUGAUCCCAAGGCUUUUCUGCAACUUUAAUGCUUCUGCUCAGAAUUAACUGCUGUGUUUCUGGCAUCCAAACAAAACCUCAUGGCGCUCUGGGUGCACGCCUGCCUCUUCUUUUUCCCUGUGGAAUGUGUACCCGGCUGCUUUGCACUCUCUUAGGCAUUAACCUGAUUGCAUUGCAUGAAGAUUCCAUGUGAGCAGUAAACACUGACUGUGUGCCUUUUACAGCUGUCUUUUUACAGCUCUGGCGGUCAUUCCCUUUCCGCCCCAUUAAACUCAAGGCAUCAGCACACUUCACACCCAUGGUCAUUUUAAACUGCCCUUGUGUCAUGAAACCCUGACAGACAACAUUUUCUCCUCUUUGCACCCAACAUGUUCCUUUAUCAAACCAGACUGAAAAUUGACAACUCACCAGUUUGCCCACUGAUAAAAUAUUAUGAGCCAAGUCCGGAACAAACAAACAGUUUGUCAUAAUUCCAAGCUUGUCAAAUUUAAUCAGACCUUUAGCUUGCACAGAUUUCCGUGAUCCAUCAGCAAGUAAAACAAAGUCCUGCUCAUCUGUAGACGUGUAAAACAGACUCCUGUCUUUAAUUAGUAUAUGGCUUGCUCCGCUGUCGACAAUAAAGUUAAUUUGUUCCAAGUCUUUAGACUUCUGUUUACAAACAAAGUUCACACUUCCCUGCUUCAAGCCUCCGUCCCUGGAGUUUCACUUGAUCGCACAGGCCCCACAGGCAAAACAAGACUUCAGCCGCGGCUGCUCCCGCUUGUUUUCCUGUCUGCUUUCGACAGCCUCCAUUGACUCGGCUCUUUUCGCCUCCUGUCUCCGCUGCCAUUCUUGGGUCAAUUUUUCCUCAAUAAACGCAACGUUCAAACCUCCGUCAGGCAUGGCUUCGAAAGCCAUGACCAUAUUAUUCCAAGUCCCAUCAAGUGAAGCCAGGAUCAGAUAGGUCUUCUGAAGUUCAGAGUGUUCGACGCCUCGGUCUGUCAACUCAGCAAACAGGCGUCUGAAUUCCGUGAGAUGCUCACACAUGUC